GCUCUAACUCUGAAAGUAGCUAAGGUUUUCAAUACUUCUCUUCAUCAUGUGCUGUGAGUGCUGCGGCGAAACGCAGCGUAAAAGCUGGGUCUUUGGCAUUGGCUCCUUGUUUGCCGUUCUGGGCAUAGUCUUGGUUAUCAUCUGGCCCAAUUUGGCGGAUAAACUGGUUGAGAAUGGCUUAAAACUCGAACCGGGCACCGAUACCUACGACAGCUGGCUGGAGGCCCCUAUACCCAUAUACCUGAAAUUCUAUAUGUUUAACUGGACUAAUCCCCAGGACAUACGCAAUCCAAACAUCAAACCGCACUUCACCGAAAUGGGCCCGUAUGUCUUCCUCGAGAAGCACAAAAAGGAGAACUUCACCUUCUUCGAAAAUGCGACUGUAGCGUAUUAUGAGCGCCGCACUUGGUUCUUUGAUGAGCAGCAGUCCAAUGGCACGUUGCUUGACAUGAUUACGGCGGCACACGCCAUAACGGCCACCGUAGCCGAUGAGAUGCGUCACUCGAAAAAGUUUAUUAAAAAGAUUGUUAACUUUAUGAUGAACACUGAAGGCGGCACUUUGUAUACCACAAAGCCCGUGCACGAAUGGAUAUUCGAUGGCUAUCAGGAUGAUCUCACGGAUUUUCUUAAUCUGUUUAACACUUCCAAAAUUGAUAUUCCGUAUAAACGUUUCGGCUGGCUUGCGGAUCGCAACGGCUCACUGGAAUACGAUGGUCUUUUUACAAUACACACGGGCACCGAUGACAUCUCAAAUUUGGGACGCUUGACCCACUGGAAUAAGAAAAACGAGACAGGAUUCUAUAAGUUGCCUUGCGGCAUUGUCAACGGUACCACAGGCGAUCUGUUUCCACCUAAAAUGAACAUUCAAGAUGAGAUUACUAUAUUUGCCACCGAUGCUUGCCGAUUCAUGAAUCUUCGACCUGAGGGAACCCUAGAGAAGCAUGGCCUUACGGCAACACGUUGGGUAGGCACCGAGGAGACUCUCGAUUCCGGCGAGAACUAUCCAAAUCAGGCCUGCUUCUGCGAUCCACGCUUGCAGGAAUGCCCCAAAACAGGCGUAGUCGAGUGCAAGGAAUGUCGCGACAAAGCGCCAAUUUACUCAUCAUUCCCGCAUUUCUAUUUGGCGGACAAGUCGUAUUUGAAUGCAGUCAGUGGUCUAAAUCCUGAGAAGUCCAAGCACGAAUUCGUAAUGGCCGUGGAGCCAACCACGGGCGUGCCAGUUCAGGUGCAUGGUCGCAUUCAGAUCAACAUGAUGCUGGAGCCGGAUGAUGAUUACGACAUUUACCGCGGCAUUCAGAAGGUGUUGAUGCCCAUGUUUUGGUUCGAUCAGUACGCCGAGCUUAGUCCCGAGCUGGCAUCCAAGGCCAAGCUGGCCAUUAACUUAUCGGACUAUGGCUUGUACUUCGGCAUUGCCUGCAUUGUUUUUGGUAGCAUCUUUUUGAUCACUGGCAUAACACUCACAAUAACCAAGCGUUGGGUGCGUCGACCCGUCGACGAUGAGGACUUAUUGACCAAUUGAAAGUAGCUGAAUAACUUACCAAACUCUAGCCAAAUUGUGCCAGGAAACACAUUCACACAUACACAGACGGACACUCGUUAACUUUGCUAGUUCAUCAUUUGCCUAAGUUUUGUUGUUUAUUGCGUCGUUCGUCAUUUUAAUAGUUGACACGGCUCCUAAUAUACGCCGAUGUUUAUAUGUGCUAUAUGCAGCAUUUGUGAUAUACACACUCUAAUUUUAAGUGCAAUAUACAUGAAUUUUGUAUGUAUUAACUUUACGAUCUACCAACCGAGAUGUUAUGUAUUUGCUUUAACAUUCCUCUGACUGUUUGAAGCUUCAAUUUGUAAAUUUACUAAACUAAAACAAAUAAUAAACAUUUGUGUACAACUUACAAUUACGAUAA